AUGUCUCGCCCGGGCCUGGGAUCAACGCCCUUAGCUCACCAGGCCGGCUUCGCGGGCGCUGCGGCUCGUUUCUGGCAGCGGUCGUAUGCGGCCGACUAUAUUGCGCUGGGGUUGCUGGUCGCUCUAUGGACCUUGAUCCAGCUCUUUAUCGUCCCCUUCCAUCGCAUGUUCUCCCUCGACAAUCGCUCCAUUCAAUACCCGUUUGCCGUUCAUGAACGGGUUCCAGUCGCGUGGUCGAUCUUCUACGCCGGCGUCAUUCCCUUCUGCAUCCUUCUCAUCUGGUCUGCCAUGUUCCGUCCCGGGGUGCAAAAGACACAGGUGACAGUGCUGGGGCUCCUUGUCGCCUUGAUGUUGACGUCUUUCCUGACGGAUGUGGUCAAGAAUGCCGUGGGCCGGCCACGCCCUGAUCUGCUCUCGCGCUGCAUACCCUCGCGAGGCACAGCGGACAAUGCGCUGGUCGCAUGGACUGUCUGCACGCAGCCCGACCAGCACAUUUUGCAGGAGGGUUGGCGGAGCUUCCCGAGUGGACACAGCAGCUUCGCUUUCAGUGGCCUAGGCUAUCUGUCCCUCUUCUUCUCUGGUCAGAUGCAUGUGUAUCGUCCCCGGACGGAUCUCGCGCGGUGUCUGCUGGCCUUCCUGCCGCUGCUGUGCGCGUUGAUGAUUGCCAUCUCACGCCUGGAUGACUACCGGCACGAUGUCUACGACGUCACCUGCGGCGGGCUGCUGGGUCUUUUGGUCGCCUGGUUCUCCUACCGUCGCUACUAUCCGCCUCUGCGCUCGAUCCGCUGUGAUGUGCCUUAUGACAAGUCCGAGGUUACCACCCCGGAUGGAUUUGCCAGGUUGGGCGACGAAGAGCAGGCUCUGUCGCGAUCAAUCCACGAUGGAGCCCCAUCAGAGGAGAGCUACGCGCUAGAAGAGGCCGAAGGGUCCCGAGGCCAUUAG